CUUCUCGUGGGUUGGCUAAAGCGCCUGACUGAACUUAGUCGGGCUCUGACUGGGCCCAAAUUGAUCUGCCCAUUCAGAACAGCAGAACUCUGCUUGUAAGAAAAUUGAGAAAGUGAAGAAGAAGCUCGCGCUGAUUUUCAUUUUGGUGUUUCUGAUAAUAGUAAAUUAGUAGCAUCUGUUCUCUAUAACUUCUCAAUGGAGCAGUCAAGGUUAGAGGGAAGACAAGCAGAGAGUAGCACAAGGUGGGAAGAGGCAUUAAAUCUUUACCAGGAGGUUAUUCUAGGCGAUGAUGAGUCUCUGAGUGUACAAGCUACAAUCAAGCUUUCUCGUCUGUCCAGCCUUGCACCUGAGAAUAUAAUAGUACGGACUGUGCCCAUCCUAGUCAGCCUCCUCUGCAGAUCUUCUACAACUGAAAGUACGUCAAUGCUCACAGCAUGUGCUUACUGCUUGAAAUGCAUUGCUUGUCAAGGGGAUGGCCGAUUGGCUACAAUCAUUGCCCAGACUGGUGCCACUAAAGUUAUUUUGAGCAUAUUACCACAUUCUGAGGGCCAUCUACAAAAGAUUCUUCUUAAAUGCCUUAGAAAUGUUAUUGUCUUUGGUGAUGCUGAUCAGAUGAUAGUAAUUGGUGAUGGAGGGCUAGAAGUCAUACUUGCUAUGUUGAAAUCCUGCUUUAAUGGUUUGCGGAAAUAUUUAUUAGAAAUAUUGAGCACCUUGGCGCUAUCGAGAGAGGCUAGGAGAGUUAUUUUUAGUUUGGGUUGUGUUAGUUUUAUUGUUGAAUCUGCUAGACAAGGCAGCAUGAUAUCUAGAACUAGAGCUUCUCAGGUGAUUGGUUUGCUUGGGUUGGUCCGAAGAGCGAGGCGAAUGCUUGUGGAUUUAGGUGCUAUUCAGGUGCUUACUGGGUUACUUCGGGAUGGUGAUACUUCAGCAAAAUUGGUUGCUAGUAAUGCCCUUGGUGUGAUAUCAUCUCAUGCCAAUUUUAUUAGGCCAGUUGCUGAAGCUGGAACAAUUCCUCUAUAUGCUGACCUUCUUCAAGGACCUGGACCCAUGGGCAAGGAGAUCGCAGAGGACGUCUUUUGCAUAUUGUCUGUUGAAGAACCUAUUGCGCUAACAAUUUCAGAGCAUUUAGUAAGAAUCCUUGGAGGAAAUAAUAGUGAAGCCCAGGCUGCAUCAGCUGAUGUUCUGUGGAAUCUCUCAGGUUACAAGCAUUCAUUCUCUGUUGUCCAGAGGUCAGGAGCAAUUCCACUUCUUAUUGAGCUUUUAAGUAGUAGUGAUUCUGAUGAUGUUAAGGAGAGAGUAUCCGGUGUAAUAGCUCAGUUAAGUUACAAUAAAUCAGAUAGGAUGGCCCUUGCCAAUGCAGGGGUGAUCCCUCUCCUCACGAAUAUAUUGCAGGAUGAUUCAGCUGAGCUGAGAGAUAAUGCUGCAGAAGCCCUUGUUAAUUUUUCAGAAGAUCCAUUAUUGCGUCCCAGAAUAGCUGACGCUGUAAAUAUACCAUCAUUCCAGAAUAUGCAAAAUAGACUGAUGCAAAUUCGAGCUUCUGAUGCACGUUUUGCAGACUUGGAGAUAGACGACGAUUAAGCAGCUCCUUGCCUCUGGGACAUGGUAUUGGAUACUUGCAUAUGUAGUGAUAUUACAUUAUCUCAGUACAAUGUUGGUGUGAAUUUGAAGCUCCUAUUCGUAUCUCAUUUCACUAUUUCAGGAUUUAGUAUGAGGUAAGCAUUUUAUCUCCCCAAUCAUUAGAGCUUCAGCCUAUUAUAAAUGAGAAGUGGCCUGAAUUACUGUAUUAUAAACUACGUGACUACUGGUAAAUCAACAAAUGUUUUCCUUAUAAUCAAGCUGCGGUUGUAGUAAUACUGUCAGCUAUUUCUCAAGUUAUUACCUAGUAAGCACACUCGAUGUAAGUUGAACUGUAUAUGUACGUAUAAUGCUGAAUGUGAACAAGAUUCUUGCUUAGCGACACCUUUUACCUUGGAUGAUAAAUUCUGUCAAGGCUAUGUUUUUCGCUAAAAAAUAAUUCCAUCAAUUUCAAGUAUGAUAUGCAGCAAUAAAUAAUUUUAUGUAUUUUGCUUGUUGAACACACUUGCACACCUAUUUUGCCUUAAAAAGGCUUUAUUCCUUUGACCUCUGUAGAAAGAGAGAUAUCCCUAUUAAUAUUGUUCCUUAUGUUUAAGGAUAUAAUUUGAAUAUAUAUAUAUAUAACAAGCUGCACUUUAAUUAAUCAAGCCCAAAAUAUUUUAAUAAAAAUUUGUAACAAUAUACGUUGUAUAAUAAGGAAUGAAAGAUGAAUAUUUAAAAGCAAAUUAUGGUUUUUAGUAUAACGUAAUUAAAUAAAAAAACUUCUAGGUUUAAAAUCAGGUCCAAAACUGUAAAAGCUUAUUUCUUUUCAUAAUCCUCAUACAUAAAGGGAAUAAAGCAUUUUUUAUUAAUUGUGAGUGGAAAAUCAAGCCCCAGUCUAAUCACGUGGUAGCGCGUCAUAAGCAGGUCAUUUUCUUGGAGUCGCUGCAUCAUGGCUCGUCAAAGUCAAUUGUGACAUAUUACAGUUUCUUAUCUUCUACAUUCAAAACUAAAGGGAAAAUCGUUGCAAAUGAUAAAGCUUUGAAUGUUCAGCAACUGUGGAAAAAUAUUUACCCUGCCACUUUCAGGUGUUGUGCAUCAGUACCACUGAUUUUUGCAUUUCUUGGAGCAGGAGUAGGUGCAAUAGUUUAUUGCCCUUGUGCUGGUCAAUGGGUUGGUACAAGCAUAUUCUGCAAAUCAAUAGAUCAAAACUUGGGAGAUUCUUGGGUCUAUAUUACAUGUGAUUGGUUUUUAAUGUGUUUUACACCAUUUUCUAGCAGGAUGUACAAUUGAAGAUCUUGCAGGACCUGUUAUGGUGUCAUUUUGCCUUGAAAUAUUGUUUGGAGCACAUUUGCUGAAAAAUUAGGUGUCGGCUUCGGUCUUCCAUCUCUUACGCAUGAUAUAAGAAUCAUGGAUCAAGUGCAACUGAUCAUGUUUUCAGAGCAGUAUCAGAUCAGUUUUAAUGAGUUGAAAGGUGACACGUACACAAUAUGAAGAAUAAACAGUUCCACGUUUUAGGAGCGUGAAGGUUUUGUAAUGGAAGUACUGAAAGUCGCUUAUUCAGUCCCACACGUAGCUGUGAGAAUCUAGAAAGCUAACAAAAUUUGUCAAGGAAAUUAAAGGGGCUCAGGAAGUGAUGAAGUAAAGGUGGUAUGGAGAAUCUAAUACUCCACUCAUCCAUCCAAAUUCCAGUAUAUAUCUUUCAUGGCCUACGAAUAUGUUCUGUGUUUGCCUGUAUGAAUUUAGAUUCUGAACUGUUUAAUAUUGAAAGUUUUGGAACCGCAAUUUCUGACUUUGCCAUGUUCCACAAUGUCAAUAUAUCGAUUUUCCU